CUGACAUUGACAUAUUGUCAAUGAAUUCGUGGCGUAGAAGUUUUAUUUCCAUGGUUUGUUGAUGUAAAGUGUCGACUAAUAUCCGUGCAUAGUUUUCAUAAAAUUUACAAUAAGCAUUAACAAUGGGUAUAUCAGUGAGUCGAUAUUCUGAUAUAUCUAACAAUGAGGUGGUCACCAGGUUUUGUUCUACAGAAGCUAUUUGUCCAAAUGAUCCAUUUUGGAAUCAACUUUUGGCAUUCAAUAUACAGUUGCCGACUAAUGCAGACGAACAGCUGAUAUUCGAUUCAAGCACAGAGGCGUUGCUACAGAAGUUCCUGCAGAACAAUCCACAGACAGGCAACUUGGGUUCCUUAGUGCAAGUGUUCAUCACGAGAGCUACUGAGUUACUCGCCGCACCAAAUACUGAUAAUGUUAUGUUAGCGUGGCAAAGUUACAACGCAAUAUUCUUCAUCAGAGCGGUAACUAAAUAUCUAGUGGAGAUGGUUCCGGAAUAUGAAUUGUGUAAACAUUUGGACGUACAGGCAAAGGUUGUAACGGCUCCACAACAGGAUCCAAACCUAGAACCUGGUACAUUGGAGCCCACCAAAAUAGUUACUGGUGAGAGCCGAGUCGAAAUGCUGAUAGACGCGCUGAUUAGUCUUAUCAUCGACGUACCGAUUACCGACAACACAUACCACCUGCAUCUAGAAUGUAUCAACACACUGCUGGUACUUAUGUCUGUCUAUAUGUUUGCUGGUGUGCAUGGAACCACUAGAAUGGUGGAAACCUCUCUCAUAUAUAGAACGCUAUUCCAAGGGAGAUAUAGUAUGCACGCACCAUUGCUGGUGAAAACUUUGUUAAAUAAUCUAUCAAAUAUGGCGGCCGCGCCGCCGCAGUUCGGUUCCCAAGGGCCUGGCAGUAUGCUGAUAAAUAUCGCUUCAUCUCUAUGGAGCAUGCUGUCCCUCAGCACGGCGACCCCGCCGACCAUAUACAGCGCGCCGCCGGUUCACCGCCGCGAGCUGGCCGAGCGGCUCGCGCGGGAGCACCCGCUGGCCAACCAGUCGUGCCUGCUGCUGCUGGCGCUGGCCAACCACUCGAUAGACGAUGAUAAUCUGUAUAGGUGCGCGUUGCUCAAGUGUGAGGACGCAGCCGAAACAUCAUCGACCACACCGCACAAGGAUGCCAGCCUCCCGGGACAGAUCACGCCGCCACGGAUAGAUAUGGCAGCUCUGCACAAGGCGCUAUGUGCGACAGCCGGCUGCGAGCAUUCUACGCUGCUGCUGUACCUGAUGCUGCACUCGUGCAAAGCGUACAAACGUCACGUCGCCAACGUACCGCAUAUUGAGAAUUUGAUAGUGCCAAUACUGCAGGUGCUGUACAACGCGCCGGAUAGCAACUCCCACCACAUAUACAUGUCCCUCAUUGUUCUGCUCAUAUUGACCGAGGACGAACAUCUCAUCAGGAGUGUACAUCAAAUUAUGCUAAAAAACCUCACGUGGUACGGCGAGAGGUCAAUAUCGGAGAUAUCUCUCGGCGGUUUGAUGGUGCUGGUGGUCGUUCGCGCGCUGCAGUACAACAUGGCGCGCGUCAGGGACAAGUACCUGCACACCAACUGCUUGGCGGCCAUCGCCAAUAUGAGCUGCGAGUUCCGAAAUCUUCAUCCGUACGUGGCGCAGCGGUUAAUAUCGUUGUUUGAGACACUGACAAAACGGAGAGCGAGACUGUGCAGCGAGAUUGAAGGUGGUGAUAUUAAUAGUAUAGAACUGCCGCAUCAUGCGGAAGAGAAGACUGAGGAGAUCAUGGAGCACAUAGCGGUGUUGGACGAGGUGUUGCGCAUGCUGCUCGAGAUAAUGAACUCGUGCCUCACGCACCAGCUGGCGAACAACCUGAACCUGGUGUACGCGCUGCUGCACAAGAAGCAGCUGUUCCACCAGCACUCGCACCACAGCAUCGCGCAGAACGUCGAGAUGGUAAUAGGAUAUUUCUCGACGCGCCUACAAAGGGUGCAGGAAGGAGCUGGAGGGGAGUUAGGUGUCACAGAAGUGUUACAGUGCAUAAAGAAAGGGGCCGAACAAUGGUCUAGUGAUAGACUUAAGAAAUUCCCCGACCUCAAGUUCCGCUACGUGGAAGAGGAGAGGCCCGAGGAGUUCUUCACGCCCUACGUGUGGUCGCUCAUAAGCUCCUGCGGGAAUAUAUACUGGGCGAGUGAGUGCGCGGCAAGGGCUUCCACCGAACUGCUCGCGUAGACACGCGACACGGGUAUUUAUGUAAGGGGGGGGGGACUUAGCGAAUUUUGUGGCUACCCGCAAUUUUUGUUGCCUUCAGGUCGGUUCUGGCGGGAGAAAGGGGGUAUUUAGUAAAUUUUAUUAGUACCCGCAAAAAAAUUUGGGAGUCUACCAUACCGGAUAUUACAGAAAUUGUAUGUAUAGAUGUGUAAUAGGCGAAUAUUGUAAUUUGUAACAACCCGCGUAAUAUAUGUAGUGGAUUCUAUAUCAUUUUUAGAUUCGUACGACGUUUGUGGUAGUAUAGACGGUAUAACCUAUACGAAUGCAGUGUCUGAGGAAAGCUGUAACUACCCACAUGAUUUUGCAUUCAGCUUUUUUUUGUUGUUAGUGUUAUGAUUCUUGUCAUUCUUCUAUCGUAUUAUUCCGGUACAGCCACUAAGUAUGGAUUUGUAUGAGAAAUGAUGUAACUACCCUCAUAACAUUGCAGUAAGGAUUUACGUAUGUGUAGCCACUUUGUGAAUUCACACACCUAUGAAAUGUGUGAUAGACGAAUUUCUUAUCUACCCUCGUGAUGUUAAUGUCGUCAACAUCUUUC